UGUCAUGGCUGGCGGGUCAGGGAUCAAUGACGCUGUUAGCAUUUCAAUGGAGGGAAAAACUUACUGAAACCCUAUCCAGGCAAAUAAUCCAUUGAAUUUAAAGGCCGUGUUCCACACCCUAUGUGUUCAGCCAAAAAAUAAAUACAUGUAGAGGGUGUACAGAGAGAGAUUGGAUAAUACAGCACUGGAAGAAAGAAGCAUGAUUUUAUUGAUCAGAUGAAUCCAGGAUGAGCAGUUUUAGACUGAUUAACUCCACAACUUAAUGCUUCAAGCCAUAUAUCCUACAGUGCAGAACUCGAACAUUUUAAUUGAGGUUGAGGCUAUAGAUGAUUCAAUAGUUUGGCCAGGGAAUUUGUCCCAGGCUGUGAUGCAAGAAUAACUGUGGCUGAAUUCUGAAGGCUUUCCCCUCAUGUAGCUUCGCUCAUCACUUCUGAUUGAGAGACGGGUCCAGCAGGUAUAAUCAUGUACAGGCGUCAGAUCCACGAGCAACUAUUGAUUGCAGUAGAACAAGGCGACCUGCUCAAUGUUCAACUUGCCGUCAAACAGGGAGCCAAUAUCAACGAAAUACCGUGGGGUAUGGAGUCGGUGUUGAUGAGAGCUAUUCGAUGUCGUCAUUCACCUGUUGCCGAGUAUCUGAUUGAGCAAGGUGUCGACCUCGGCUAUCAUUACGAGAAAACGAGCUCUCCGCGAGGCCCAACAAGAUCCAUGCAGGAGACAGCGAGAGACUAUGCCGAGUUCUAUAACCUACCGGACAUUGUGGAGCUGAUCGACCGGCGAAUGGGACAAUUCCGCUAGACAAGAUAUGCCAUUGGACACGUCUACAUUAGGGACAGGGUUGAAACAUUUUUCUCAUAACAGGUCCCGUGUAUAGUUUGGUUGAAAAAGUCAACUUCUCAUAUUCAGUUCGAUAGUACUUUUGAGUAAAUAAAAGGGGGGAAAAUGGGAGGAAAUAAAAUAAGUCAAGAACUUGAUGACCGACAUGUUUAUAGCUACGGAAAUCCGUGGAAUGGGUUUCUUUGUAAAUCUCGUAUAGUGUUUUAAAAAAAAACGACUUUGUACUUGAAAAUUAUAUGUUUUGUUUCUUGGAAUUAAUUGAAGCUUGAAUAUUAUGUAUAUAGGCCCUAACUUUGUAGGCCUAGGCCUACAAUGGCUCCGACGUUUCAACCUAUUUUAGUUCCUGCUUCCUGGGCAUUAAAAAAAGUUUUGUUUAUAUUUUGUGUGGGUCACUUGUACAAAAGAAUAAAAUCAUUUUAGAAAAAUUGUA